AUGCCAACAGGAGCCCUGAAUAUACUUCCAAAGCUUUUCUACUGUCUUUUCCAUCAAUGUGAUCACAAUGACCCCGGGACAAACCAGAGUGACAGAGGGGCCUGUCUCCAGACACUGGCACACUUAGACGAGGGCCUCUACAACGACUACUAUGGCCUGUGGAUCGCACUGAUGGCUAUUAACUCCAUCAUAUUUUUGGCCGGAACGAUCCUGAACUCUGUGGCUCUUUACGUGUUUUGCUUCCGUACAAAGCCCAAGAGCACUUCAGUCAUUUACACCAUCAACUUGGCAGUGACUGAUCUGCUGGUGAACCUCUCUCUGCCCACACGCAUCCUGCUGUACUACAGUAGGGGGCGCUGUGUGACCUGCUCCUAUCUCCACAUCUUCAGUUACUUUGUCAACAUGUACUGCAGCAUCCUCUUCCUCACCUGCAUCUGUGUGGAUCGAUACCUGGCCAUUGUUCAGGUCGAAGCCUCUCGGAAGUGGAGGAAUUCCAAUGUGGCCAAAUGUGUGUGUGCUUCAGUGUGGCUGUUUGCGACGGUAGUGACCUACUCCCUCCUCUCUACGGCCUUCCAGCAAACAGACUGCAUCUCCAAGCUGCUCUUCCUCACCGUCACAGAGUUCUUCCUCCCGCUCCUCAUCAUCGUGGUCUUCUCCAUGCGGAUCAUGUGGGCCCUGGCUGACAGACGACUCAUGCAACAGAGCAGGUCGGAGAACCAAUUUUGCUUCACACCUUUCCACAUCCGACAGGUUGUUGAGUACUUCUAUCCUGACAUGCAUCACCACGCCAUUGUCUACCAUCUCACAGUCACUCUCAGCAGUCUGAACAGUUGUAUGGAUCCUGUGGUUUACUGCUUUGUCACAAACAAUUUUCAGGCAACCGUGAGACAUUUCUUCCGUCGUCCAGAGCCAGAGGUGACAAGUGGUGACAUUGUCAGCAUGCAGCACAGUUCCAAAGCCUCAGGAAGGACAGCUAACCCAGUCACGAAUGAAGGGAUCACUAAAUGA